UGUGGCACCUUUGGUGGUUCUCGGACCAAAAUAUGCCCGAGCCAAUAAUGCCCGAAAAAGACAAAACACGAUAUACAAGAAGAAUUUUGGGAAUGUGUAACGAAAGAUAGACCACACUCGGUGGUGGUUUUCAUUGUUCCACGCGUUUCUUCGUAGGCGCUAGAGAAAAUUGUGACCCGUGGACAGUUUCAUUCAUAUCGUGGAUGUUUUCGGUGACAAAUUUUGCAUUUACGAAAAGCAGUUUUAAAUCUUCUAAACAAACCACUCCGCCACACGAAGGAGAACGUCUUGAGCUGUGGUAAUCGUGUAAGAGACGGCACGUCGUAUUUGGUGGAGCUUUCGGUAAUUAGCAUUGUCUUGUCAUCGAGCAUUUCCGGCCGGCGCAAGCCCGUGGGUGGGUGCAGCAUGGUGCAUUGAAUGCGUUCUUUGCCACCUGACGAGAGAUCCACACCCCCUCACAACUUGAUUUGGUGUGAUCGGUGUGACGACGAAAGCACUCGUGCGUGAAAGUGGGUCAACGCUCUCUGAGGUGGUGCCGCUACAGUCUCAGCAGUGUGGACGUUUACCGUCCCGAAGGCACCACAACGAAGCCCGCGAUCGAAACAGUUACUGACUGGGCACUAGCGCGAGAAGAUGUCGGUUGAUCUGCAGAAGCACCGGGAUGCCAUGGUUGGCGCGUGGAAGUCGGUAUGUGAUCGGAAAUGUGCCACCAACUGGGCACUGUUCGGGUACGAGGGUCAGACGAAUGUGCUCAAGCUGCAGGAAACCGGUGAGGAUGGAAUUUCCGAGCUGGCAGCCGAACUUAACUCGGGCAAACUACAGUACGCCUUCCUGAGGGUGGACAACAGUGAAACGGGCAUCGCCAAGUUUGUGUUCAUUAACUGGCAGGGCGAGGGUGCUCCAAUCGCCCGGAAGGGAACGUGUGCGAAACAUGUGCGCGAUGUUACGGCCCUGCUACACGGUGCUCAUAUCACGGUGCACGCGACAAACGAAGACGAUGUGGAGGAAGCUCGCAUACUGGAGAAGCUGCAAAAGGUGGUGGUGAACGAUUUCAAAGUGAAAGAUUACUCACAAGCGAUCGAUUCGCCUAAACCGGUUGGCACGAAUUACAGUCGUGUUAAUCCGACAAAGGAGAUCAAUCCGGCAGAACGGGAUGAGUUUUGGCGCAAAGAGGAAGAGGAGGAAAAACAUCGAUUGCAGGCAGAGUACGAGCGUAAGCUCAAUGAAACAGUAUUGUUGGAGCAGGAACGACGUCGGCGCGAGGAACGCGAGUUUGAAAAGCGUGAAGGCGUUACGGGUGGUGCCAGUGUUCUGUCCGCUUCUCCUGUUUCGCCCGAUCGUAGUUACGCACGGCAAGCGUCCGAUCAGAACAAAACGGAACGGGAGCGUGAAAUCAAGCAGGUGGUCGAAGCGAGCGGUAAGGUGAGCAGUGCAAAGGCACGCUUCCUCAACAGCACCGCCCAGCUAAGCCCGACGCACAUCCAAGCGGAGGUGGCCCAGGAGCUAACGGAACCUCCUUUCUCACCGACGGCAUCCUUUGAAGAGCGCAGUAUUAUCAACGAGCUGAAAGCGGAGCUAGAAAACGAGCUCCAGAAUGGUGCCGAUACGCCACCGGGCUUAGCAGGGACAGGUACGGUGACGGCAGAGGAGGAGGUUUCGGUGGUGUCACCGGAGGUGCCUGAGGUAGCCGCUGGACAGUAUUUCGACCCGAAUGCAACGAUUGAUCUGUCCGACGAGGACAACAUGAUACGGGCGAGGGCUUUGUACGAUUAUCAGGCUGCGGACGAUUCGGAGAUCAGCUUCGAUCCGGACGAUAUCAUCACGCACAUCGAUCAGAUCGAUGAAGGCUGGUGGCAGGGGCUGGCACCGGACGGUACCUAUGGGCUGUUUCCCGCUAACUACGUGGAGCUCAUUUAAAGCAUUUAGACAUUUUAGCAUUUUAGCUUCAUCGUUAUCAUUGUUUAAGGAAAGGAGCAGACAAGACGACAUCACACGAUUAGGAUAGUCCUGUUAACAUAGUGCAUACGAUCACGAGUAGUUCAUACUGUAGUGACACUCACACAUUAAACAUACACACACACACGCACACGUAACGCAAACAAGCGCACACUAACAAGACCGAACCGGGGCUACAUAAAGACACACCAACCGAACAAUUGAUUCAAUCAGCUAAAGCGUUACAGAAAGUGUUUUUGAAUGUACUAUUUUCAACCUCUACUCUCUCGGCACAUUUCUCGGUGUUGUUUUUCCGGUUAAACAGUGAUGAUCGACGUCGAGCAGCUAGUAAAAUGAAUUUCAGAAGAUUUAAAAUCCGUGCAAAGAUGCAAUGGAAUGCAUUUGAAAGGCUUCGCACAUUCGCUCCCAUUUGAUCCUGCCACGUAUCGGUUCCCCAUCUAGUGUAAUAGUAGAUAAGCGUUUUAACUAUUUAAUUGUACACACCGAACUAUAACGAUGCCGGGAAUGAAAAUUUCCCGGGAAAAGACUAAAUCCCCGUUAAAGUAAUACACAACAAUGAAAGCAUAAAA